UUUUUUGUUUGUUAUUUUAUCAAAAACUAUUUAGGUUUUAUCAUCUGGCAAUCUUUCUUUUCGCUCACAUUUUGCCGCCAUUCGUUGCUUCCACUCGGUCAAUUGUCCGGCAAAUUGUAAGGUUUAAAUAAAAGCUUUGGACAUGGGUGAUCUUAAGGACGGACCAGAUGGCCCUAAAGAGCAGAAUGAGCCAGAAAAAUGUGAAGCUGUUAAAAUAGAAGCUGAUGAAGCUGGGGAUAAAGAUGAUCACCAAAAAGAAAUUGAUCAAGAACUUCAUGAUCUGAUACUUAAACAUGUGAAAAUGAGCUGUGCUUUAAAUCCUAACCUUAUGUCUAAAUCAGCUAGAAGACUUGUAAGAGCUUUAAAAGGAAUUCAACUAGAGCAUGUUAAUAAAGAAUCUGAAUUUUUUAAAGAACUUCAUGCCUUGGAAAUUAAAUAUGAAAAAAUCUUUCAACCAUUAUACGAUAAACGUGCAGCUAUAAUUACUGGUGCAUACAAUCCUACAGAUGAAGAGUGUGAAUUCCAGUCAGAUUCUGAUAAAGAGUUAGAGAUGUCUAAUGAUUUAGAAAAAGUUAAAAUUGAAGGUGAGGACAAAGAAAAAGAAACAGAAACUGAAGUAAAAGGCCUUCCUGAAUUUUGGUUGACUGCUUUCAAAAAUGCUCCAUCUAUUCAAGAAAUGAUAGAGGAAUAUGAUGAACCCAUCCUUAAACACUUGAUCGAUGUCAAGGCUACCACAUUUGCCGAUCCUAUGAGUUUCACCUUGGAAUUUCAUUUUGAGCCAAACGAGUACUUCACAAAUUCUGUCUUAACUAAGGAAUAUGGAUUGAAAUGUGUUCCUGAUCCAGCAGAUGUAUUUUCAUUUGAAGGACCUGAAAUAGUCAAAGCUAAAGGUUGCACAAUUGACUGGAAGAAAGGUAAAAAUGUCACUGUUAAGACAAUAAAAAAGAAGCAAAAGCACAAGGCCAGAGGUGCUGUUAGAACUGUAACUAAAACCGUUCAGAAUGUGUCCUUUUUUAACUUCUUCAGUCCUCCUGCAGUUACUGAAAACAUUGAAGAAAUGGAUGAAGAAACUCAAAAUAUCCUUAAUAAUGAUUUUGAAGUAGGAAAUCUCCUUAAGGACAGAGUAAUACCUCAUGCAGUUUUAUUCUUCACUGGUGAAAACAUGGUAGAUGAUGAUUAUGAUGAGGAAGAAGAUGACGAAGAUGAAGACUAUGAUGAGGAUGAAGAUGAGGAAGAUGAAGAGGAUGAAGAAAAUGAUAAUCAGUGCCUGAAUCGAAAGAAAUCUAGAGGCCAGCAAAAUUCUCAGGGGCAGGCUCCUGUACCAUCUGAAUGUAAACAGCAGUAAAGAAUAUAAAAAUGUUUUUUCAUGCCAUAUAUAAUUACCCGUUCCAAAGCUAAGCUUAUAAGAGUUGCACUGUGUUAAUAAAGUUGGUUUUUUACAA